GCUCCAGAAUGGGAAGCAAGGAAGAAGUAACGGAGACGAGGAAGAAUUGUCCGAAGAGAGUGUACAAUCUGAGCGGCAGUUGCAUCUGGCAGGAACGAAGGGAUCCUUUAAGGAAUUGCGGUGAAGGAAUCCUUCACGAUCACCCACACAGAUGAUCAGUUGCGCACCAUGGGCAUUUCACCUCGUUCCGUGUCGUUGCUGAGGUGUUCCAAUUCACGGUCGUUAACUUAAAAAGUUGAAGCUGUUUUGGCCAAAUCUUUUAACAGUCUGUCAGCCGCUUGAUGAGCUUCGAAUCGACAUGGCUGAGUGUUAUUGCUUUCUUGGAUUCUCAGAUUCUAGUGCAAUCUAUGCAUGAGCGUUAGUAGCCAGCUGCAAGGGGUUUUUCUUUUCUGUUUUUUGUAAUCUAGCGUGACAUGAUUUUUCAGUUCCAAUUCCUUUAGUCGGGUCUGCUGUUCACGGUACUCCCACAUUCGUGUGCACCAUUCGCUCGAUUCAUUUAUGAAGAAAUCGAAGGCAUGUGAAAAUGAGUGCAAUGUACAGGCCGGCAAUGACGAAUAAUUAAUGCAUGACCAAUGUAUCCGCGUAUUGUGUGAUCUGAGAUUCAAACACAGCAACUAGUAGGGUGAAAUCCGCUUCAGUCCGUUAGAGUAGGUACAAUUCUUCCCCCUCUAUCCUUCCCUCCAAAAGAUGAGUUCCCUGCAUUAGAGCUUGUAUACUUAAAUCGUGGGUGAUCACAAUCUACACAGCAAUUCGGACUUUGGGUGACUUCUUUCCUGUGGAUGUCAUUACGGUUUAUAGCCAUGGCCAUGCUUGCCAAGCAGAGAGGUAUGUAAAGCUUCGACUUUGCGAUGACUCACUUAAUUGUCUGCUGAGAAUAACGUGGUCUGAGCCCACUUGAAACGACACCAACUGAUUGAUAUUGUGUUGCAUUCAAAUUGCUCUGUUGGAUACGUCAUGAAAUUUUAGGUCAUGUACUGACAUUGAUUGGAGCAUAUGUGUUUGAGAAGGUUUAUACAUUCUAUUGACUAUCCUGGUUUCUUCGAGUGUCCUCAUAAAAUUUGUGUGCAUUUUCAAUAAAUCUUUGGGAAACAGCAAAUUUAUAGCAUCAGCUCAUUGUAGUUGCUGAUGACCUUUUUCUUUACUUUUCUGUAUGACUUUUUUUAAUGCCAUGGAUAAAGGCAGUCACGAGUUUUGUUUUUUCUCGAAGCUGGGUUCAAUUUUUGAAGUGGAUUCGUGAGGAGGUGCUGGUGAAGGGUAUGUGGGGCUUGGCGUGUCUUGAAUCAAUUCAGAUUUUGUGAUUGAGCUCAAUCUUCUUGCCUUGAAUCUCCAGCAUGGAAGUCGAAGGGAAUAGGAUUGCUCAAGCUGAAGAAUUGGAGGUUCUUAGAUCAAUAUAUGGGGAAGAAGAUUGCUGGAUUUCCUCUACAAACCAAUUUUGUGAGGUGCAGGUACGUCCAGCUGAUGGAGCCAACAACGGUGAGCUGAUUUUGAGACUAGGGGUACACUUCCCAGAGUCUUACCCUUCCGAAUCGUGCCCCGUAGUAGAGCUAAAUGCUUCGUGGUUUUCUGAGAAUUCUCGGCGACGAGUGGUAGCAAUGUUUGCAAGCUUAUUCGAGGAAGCUGUCGGAGAAGUAGUUGUCUUCAGAUGGGUGGAAUGGCUCAAGGAACAGGAUUGGUUGUGGGAAGAAGCUAGAAGUUGGGUACAGGAGCACGCUCCUCCAAUUGAACCAGUUUCAGAAAAGGACGAUUCUGUUUCACCGCCAAUGGUCUCUGACAUGCCAGAGGAGAUAGUACACAGCUCAGAGAGGAUCCUUGAUGAAAAAGGAUUAGAAGAGCUUGAUACGAUCCUUGGCAUUGUGCAUGGAGAACCUUUCACCGAAAAAAGAAGUACUUUUCAAGCUCAUCUGGCACCAGCGAAGAGUGUAGACGACGUGAAGGCAGUUUUGGAUGCUUUACUCAGGAAUCGCAAAAUUGCUGCAGCAACGCAUAAUAUUAUGGCUUUCAGAAUUUCCAUGCCGAUCAAGAAUACUGUAUUACAAGACAAUGACGAUGAUGGGGAAACUGCAGCGGGUGGAAGGCUACUGCAUUUGCUUCAGAUUGUGAAUGCGCUCAAUGUGGUCGUAGUUGUAUCUCGAUGGUAUGGAGGCAUUCAGCUGGGUCCUGACAGGUUCAAGCAUAUCAACAAUGCUGCACGCUCGCUUCUCAGCUCGUGUGGUUACAUAGCCGGAGAAAAAUCCAGUAGUACAACUCAGAAGUCUCAUUCCAAGUCUAACCCUCAGAAAGGAAAAAAGAGAUGAAAUAUUGAAAUGUUGGCGUUCAUGUGAAUGACUGAUACCUCUAAGAAAGUCCUAGUUUGCUCUUAUGAGUGGUAUUCUGGGAGGACUGACCUCAAAACUUGAUGCCAGAACAAUUGGCAUGACGUGGGGCUCUUCCUUCACCGAAUAAUGUCACCAGUAUGCAGCACAGAGUGGGUCACUACUAUUUUGGAGCCCUUUGGCUACGAAGAUCAUGUGAUAGUGCUGCCUUCUUGUUGAGUUGUUUCCAUUUUCAGAAAGAGGAUUUUGACACAGCUGAGCACUGAAGUUUGGUAGAUACGAAGAAUCUCCGAUGUUCGAUGAAACUUGACGCACAAUUUUUGGCGGCACCAUGAAAUAAUGGUACGAGAAGACCAAAUCAUGGUCCAGAAAUGAGUGGCUACAUGGCACAGGUUGUGCCGACGUUGUUUUGCGUCAUUUAAGUUCAAUGAGUUAUCAAAAUGUUUCAUGCACUUUAUGUGUCAGUAUAUCAUUCAGUCA